UUGUUCUUGUCCCCAACCCAAAACCAGCCCAAGCGGCAAAACCCUCGCCGGCCGCCGUUCCGCAUCCCCUCCCCGCCGCCAAUGCCAGCGCCGGGAUCCGCCGCGGUUGGCGAUGGCGAGCCCCGCUCCGCCUCGGCCAUCGUCGGGGAAGCCGUCACGGGGCACCACCUGCUCCACAUCGACGGCUACUCGCGCAUCAAGGAUAAGCUCCCCACCGGCGAAUCCAUCAUUUCUCGCCCUUUCGAUGCGGGGGGUCGCCGCUGGUUCAUCGACUUCUACCCCAACGGCCGGACCUCGAAAUGCGCCGACUUCAUAUCCGUCUACCUUUACCUCGACGCGAGCGCCGUAGAGGCAGAGCCUGUGAUGGCGCGAGGCAAGUUCGAUUUGCUCGAUCGGGAUGGGAAACCAGUGCCAUCACACACCCGUACCACAACCCUGCGCGAGUUUUACCCCGGCGAUGUAGGGUACGGCAUCGCUGAGUUCGUUAAGAGGGAGUUCCUGGAGAAGUCGGAGCACCUCUCCAACGACUGCUUCAAGAUCAGCUGCGACGUCAUUAUUCCCCACGAGCUCCGCACGGAGGACAGGAUUUCUUCUCUCGCAGUGCCACCACCUGACCUGGAUCGGCAUCUCGGCGACCUCCUCGUGACCAAAGAGGGCGCCGACGUCACAUUCCAUGUCGCCGGCAAAGAAUUCAGCGCGCACAGGUUUCUCCUCGCGGCCCGGUCGCGGGUCUUCAGGGCAGAGCUGUGGGGCGCCAUGAAAGAGGGCGCCGCCACAGGGGACUGCGUCCGGGUUGAUGACAUGUUGCCUCAGGUGUUCAAGGCCUUGCUCCACUUCGUCUACACCGACUCGCUGCCGCGGAUGGAGGAGCAAGAGGAGGCCGUGAUGGCCCAGCACCUGCUUGAAGCGGCGGACAGGUAUGACAUGCAGAGGCUCAGGCUGAUUUGUGAGGAUAUGUUGUGCCGGCACCUUGAUGUGAGCACGGCAGCGACCACGCUGUUGUUGGCUGAGCAGCACCAUUGCCGUGGUCUCAAGGAGGCUUGCAUUGAGUUCCUGAUAUCUUGUCAUGCGCUGGAGGAGGUCAUGGAAACGGAUGGAUUUGAGCAUCUGGUUAAAACCUGCCCUGCUCUUGUGAAGGAGAUAGUGUCCAAGCUUGGUACCCGUUUGUACAAGAGAAGAAAAUUUGGAGCAUGAGCCUAUGCUUUUGCAGUCACCAUUGGAACUAUCUAGGAAGACGUUAGUGGAUAAGGCUAAGGUAUCAAGUACUAGUUUAGUUUCUUAUAUGUUUAGUCUCAUCCUCAAAAGUAUGCGAUGUAGUGCUGCUUGUUUUUAGUUCGGUCAUUGUAUCCUUUGUGGGAAAUUUCUAGCCAUGAUGUAAGGAACAAUUAAUCUAAUACAUAUGCAGUUAGUUCAGUUAUAA